AAAUGCUUAUUGGAAGGAGGGAAAGAAUACUACGCUGAUCGAAGAUUAUUAGGCCACAAUAUGGUGCAGAAGAACGAAGAGAAGGCACCGGCAAAACCUAAAACACCACCGCCGGAGGGUGCACCGCCGGCGGCGCCUCCUCAACUUCCCCGUGUUCCCUCCGCGGAGCAGAUCGCGCGUGGGAAGUUCAUCUGGCGUGCUUUACUAAUCUCCAACCUAGCCCUUGGAGCUUAUAUGUUUGUCAUGCCAAAGAAGAAACCAGUCAAGGAAGACAGCCCCAAAGAAGUGGAAGUGGAAGUUCAGCCUGCUCCAGUUGAGACGCCUGCACCUGUUUAUGAGGAACCCAUCAUUCUUCCUCCCCCGCCUGAGCCAGUGAAAGUGCUGGAGCCCAUCCCUGAAGACAGACAACGAGAACUAUUUCAGUGGAUGCUCGAAGAGAAAAGAAAAUUGAAACCUCAUGAUCGUAAGGAGAAGCAGCGCAUUGAUGAAGAUAAAGCAAUUCUGAAGCAGUUCAUCCGCAAGGACUCUAUCCCAAAUUUCUGAUUUGUCAUUUUUUCAUCAUCCACUGAUGUAGAAGAGCGAAUUUUGUUUUGCUUACCACUGACUGAAGUUGAAAAAGGUAUACAUUUUCUGCCAUUUUGCAUGCAGAUGCUGUUGGUCAUUGGCAAUCUGAUCCGAUGUUAAGAUCAGGUUUUGUGCUGGUCCUUGAACCGAUAAGAUUUUGCUUGGAAGCUCAUUGAUAUUGGUGAUACAUUCCUCUGUAUAGAUUAAAUUCACUCUCAUUCAGUGAUUUGAAUAUGUGCAACGGUAUUCAUCACCUUUAGCUGAGGAUCAUCAGCCCUGCACCUAGUUACCGUGACACUUUUGAUAUCAAAAUUAAGCUUUGCUAGUUAAACAAGUAACCAUUUUGCUUCCUCACUGUGUACCAGAUAUACAUAGCUCUGCAUUCUGUAAAAGUCCUAAGGGGCAGAGUUAACUACAGUUUGGCUCCUCAAGACUGUUGGUCUCUCCACUGACUUGUAUACCUUAUCAGUCCACAUUACCUAGCUCUGUUACGUUCAAGAUUCUAAAUAAUCAAAUAGGAACACAAGGCUCCUUCUUUGUACCAAAAGAUGAUAAAAUAGGAACUUAAGGCUCUUGCCUUUCCGCCUUUCCGGUAUGUUGUCGCGUGAAUGUAUCUUCCAGCAACUCUUACAACAUUUCUCUCCAGCAGCAACCCUAAUAAGCUUCUGCAGGUGAUUCCCACCAGGAGUUGUAAGGGGGGAGUUUUACCCAAAUUUAAUUAGAGUCUACUGAAGUGAAUUUUUUUUUUUUUUUACAAAAAAAAAGCUUCCGCAGGUCUUCGUUGGCGCGGGAAUACUAUGCCGAAAGUUCAACUAAAUUAUCCAUAGGCUAUCUGCCCAUUUCGUUAUCCCUAUGACGAACAAAUCCUCAUCUUCCUACUUCUUUCCAUUCCUAUUUUCUUCUCUCCGAUCGUAUGUCCGGAUUCGGAAUCCCUCGAUCCAAUUAAGAUUGAUAAGAUAAGAAUUAAAUAGAGGAAAAGUUGUGGAUGGGCUCACCAAAUGUUG